AUGGAGCCUACUGGGGAAUAUGCUGACAGUUAUGAAUAUUAUGAUGACAAUGAAACUGCCUGUGAUUUCUCAGAGUGGGAGCCCUCUUACUCCCUCAUCCCAGUGCUCUACAUGCUUAUCUUCAUCCUGGGUCUGUCUGGAAACGGCGUGGUCAUCUUCACAGUGUGGCGAUCCAAAUCCAAACGUCGGGCUGCAGAUGUCUACAUUGGGAACCUGGCCCUGGCUGACCUCACCUUUGUUGUGACCCUACCUCUCUGGGCUGUGUACACAGCUCUAGGCUACCACUGGCCAUUCGGUGUAGCUCUGUGCAAGAUAAGCAGCUAUGUUGUUUUGGUCAACAUGUACGCCAGCGUUUUCUGCCUCACCUGUCUGAGUUUUGACCGCUACCUGGCCAUCGUGCACUCCCUGUCCAGCAGCAGGCUGCGUUCACGAGGCACCAUGCUUGCAUCCCUGGGUGCCAUUUGGCUUCUUUCCUGCCUCCUGGCUGUGCCGACACUACUCUUCCGCACCACGAUGAAUGACCAAAACAGCAAUCGGACCACCUGUACCAUGGACUUCAGUCUAGUGACCAUGAACCAGAGGCACGAGUCCCUGUGGAUUGCAGGACUCAGUCUUUCCUCCUCCGCCUUGGGUUUUCUCCUACCUUUCCUGGCUAUGACCAUCUUCUACUGCUUCAUCGGCUGCACCGUCACCCGUCACUUCAACAACCUGCGCAAGGAGGACCAGAAGAAAAAGCGCCUGCUGAAGAUCAUCACCACGCUGGUGGUGGUGUUUGCCAUCUGCUGGACUCCCUUCCAUGUGCUGAAGAGCAUGGACGCCCUCUCCUACCUGAACCUUGCUCCGACCUCCUGUGGCUUCCUGCGUUUCCUGCUGCUGGCUCACCCCUACGCCACCUGCUUGGCCUACAUCAACAGCUGCCUCAACCCAUUCCUGUACGCCUUCUUUGACCUGCGCUUUCGCUCCCAGUGCUUGUGCCUGCUCAACCUGAAGAAGGCCAUGCAUGGCCACAUGAGCUCCAUGUCGUCUACUCUCAGUGCCCAGACUCAGAAGUCAGAGGUUCAGUCUCUGGCCACCAAGGUUUAGAUGGUUGAAGGAGAACUGCGGCUGCAGGACAGUCCCAGCUCUAACCACUGGAACACUGGUUAAAAUCCAGACUUUACGUGUCAGUUGUCUACAGCUGGUAAGAUGAGAUGGUGAACUCUGAACUGCCACUGCCUUCAGUCAUUAACUGUGUGUCCCUCCGGUUCUGCAGCGAGA